AUGGGAGGGGUUAACUACGUGAGCCGCAGGCGGGCGGCGCUGCAGCCUGAGGAGCCUGACGAGGAGUCUUGGGAGGAGCUGGUGCCGCUGCCGCCGUCGUGCCCGCUGGCCGGCACCGCCGCGGGGAGCUGGGGCGGGCGGGAAGCGCCCGGAGCCAUGUUGGGGAAAGGGGCCGGCGGCAGCGGGGCCAAGCCCGCCAAGCCUUCCUUCGUGUCCUACGUCAGCCCGGAGGAAAUACACAAAAAGGAACCCAUAGAAAAGGAAGUAAAUCUUCACCUGUUACCAGGUGAAUUGCUGCUCUGUGAGGCAAACACCGUAUUAAAAUGUGUACAAGAAGAUGGGUCAAAUCGUGGAGCCUGCGGGAAACUCAUUUGCACAAACUUCAAGAUUGCUUUUCUUGGUGAUGAAUCUGCUUCGGAUGAUAAUGAGCCAGAAUUUAAGAAUAAGAUCAUAGGAGAAAAUGACAUAACUCUGCAUUGUAUAGACCACAUUUAUGGAGUUUAUGAUGAGAAAAAGAAAUCUCUAUCUGGACAACUGAAAAAAUACCCAGAGAAAUUAAUCAUCCACUGUAAAGAUCUUAGAGUAUUUCACUUCUGUCUGAGAUACACAAAGGAAGAGGAGGUAAAAAGGAUCGUCAGUGGCAUAGUUCAUCAUAGCCAGACUCCUAAACUACUUAAACGCUUGUUUCUGUUCUCUUAUGCAACAGCUGUGCCAACCAAUACAGACAUACAAAACCAAACUGUGAUGUUUGAUGCUAUUAAGGAUUGGCGUGUGGAGUUGGAACGGACCAAAGGGAACAUGAAAUAUAAAGUAUUGAGUGCCAACGAAGCCUACAAAGUCUCUGAAAAAUUGCCAUUGUAUUUUGUUGUUCCCAUGUCACUCUCUGAAGAGAGUAUCUUGCAGUACCAAGGAAGAGGCAUUCCUAUUUGGUGUUGGUCUUGCCAUAAUGGUGCUUCUCUUCUCAAAAUGUCUGCUUUUCCCAAAGAACAAGAGGACAACACUUUACAAAUGCACAAAAUUUUCUUGGAUGGCGUUUACAAGACAAUUAACAAACCUCCUUAUGAAGUCUUGAAAACAGAUGACCUUUCAAGCAGCCUUCCAUCUCUUCAAGACAUUCAAGCUGCAUACACUAGAUUUAAACAGCUGUUUCUGAUAGAUAACAGUACAGACUUCUGGGAUACUGAUGUAAAAUGGUUUUCAUUACUGGAGAGCACAAACUGGCUGGAAAUCGUUAGGCGAUGUCUGAAAAAAGCAAUAGAGGUGGCUGAAUAUCUGGAAGGACAGAACACAAACGUUCUCCUUGUAGAGGAGAAUGCCUCUGAUUUGUGCUGUGUGAUCUCCAGUCUAGUUCAAGUGAUGAUGGAUUCACACUACAGAACAAAGUUUGGCUUUCAGAGCCUUAUUCAGAAAGAGUGGGUAAUGGGAGGACAUUGUUUUUUGGAUCGCUGCAACCAUUUACGGCAAAAUGACAAAGAGGAGGCUCCUGUUUUUCUGCUCUUCUUAGAUUGUGUUUGGCAGUUGGUACAACAGUAUCCUCCGGCAUUUGAGUUCACUGAGACUUACUUAACUGUCUUAUCAGACAGUCUUUAUAUUCCUAUUUUUAGCACCUUCUUCUUCAAUUCACAGCAUCAAAAGGACACUAACACGUCUGGAGAAGGCCACAGUGCACAAAGCAGCCAUUUCAGGUUUCUCACAGUUUGGGAUUGGUCUGUGCAGUUUGAAUCUAAAGCGCAGGUUUUGCUCAACAACCCUCUUUAUGUGGAGAAGCCAAAACUAGACAAAAGUCAGCGGAAAACUACACGAUUCAAACAUCAACGACAGCUUUCUUUGCCACUGACGCAAACAAAAUCUUCGCCAAAAAGAGGAUUUUUCAGGGAGGAAACUGAUCACUUUAUUAAAAACAUUCUGGGCAAAAGAAUUAGCAAACUGAUAAAUUCUUCAGAUGAGCUUCAUAAUAACUUUACAGAAUUCUACGAUAGCUGGCACUGUAAACCUGUUGACUUUCAUGGACUUCUGCUGCCUCACAUUGACGGGCCAGGAAUCAAAGUUUGGGCACAGCGAUAUUUACGAUGGAUUCCCGAAGCACAGCUGCUUGGCGGUGGUACAGUAGCCACUGCAACUAAAAUCUUGGACAUGAUAGAGGAAGUUCAGAGCUUACAGAAGAAAAUGGAUGAAAAACAUAGUCUGACAGUCCCUCAAGGCAGGGAAUCUCUUCCAAUGCUGAGAAAUUCUGCCCGUUUGUCAUCCUUGUUUCCAUUUGCUUUGCUUCAGAGACAUUCUCUCAAGCCAGUUCUGCCCACCAGUACCUGGAAAGACUUGGAAGAUGAGGAUGACUUGGCCAAGAGAGAUGAUGAGUUUGUUGAUUUAAGUGAAGUGAUUUGACAUGACUCAAACUGAGAAAUUAAAGUAUUGGCACAAAUUUCAGUGAGAGUUGUACAUGUUAAACUUUAGGUUUAAAUGUUAUGCUGUAUCCUAACGAUGGAAUUCUUCCCUUCAAGUGUCUACAUCUGACUUCAGCCAGUAUGCUAAAAUCUUAACCUAGAUCUUUAGCACAGAAAGAACCAGCUAUCAUAAUUAAUAUUUUAUAUAGUCUGUGGAAAGACAUUGAUAAGCUUCCAUUUCAAUCUAGCAGUGUUUACUGCAGACAGAUUUUACAUGGGUUCGAGAGAGACUGCUUUGUUGUGAAAUGGCUGUUCUGUAAUAUAUGUCAAGAAAAAAAUGAAAUAUAAAAUGGCUAUCAGUCGUAA